AUGAAGUUCACCACCGCCGCUGUCAUCGCCUCUGCUGCUGGCCUCGCCACUGCUCUCCCUACCGACUCCAAGAUCAAGGACGGCGAUGUUUUCACAAUCCAAACCAUCCGCUCAGGCACCGCCGAUCUACAGUACAACACUAUUCAGGCUGUCCAGAACUCUCUCGUGAUCAACGCAGGCCAACAGAAUGCUUCCUGCGGCCCGGAGCCCCACAACUACGCUUCCUUCCAGCUCAACAACGGCACCCUCUACCUCUACACUGCCAACCCUCCCCAGCAGAUGUUCGUUGACAGAUCAGGCAUGGGUCAGGGCGUCAUUCAGUACACCACUGGCGUACAAGAUAUGGUCAAGAACGGAGAGAGGCGAACCUUUGCCAUCAACGACGACGGUCACCUCGUCUUCAAGGACCAGACUGGUCAGGAGAUUGGCUUCCAGGCCUGCAAGCCUUCUCUUAAUGGCGGCUACUCCGUCUGGCUGGACGGCGUGACCAACCCGGCUGGAGCUGAUGAGUGCCUUGGGUUCGCUGCUCGAGCUAUCAAGGAGGAGAACCCUGUCAAGUGCUCGUACACCACCUACCCGUAA